AUGACUUUCUCCCCCGAAACAGCUGUUGUUUACGCCGCUCUCAUUCUACAAGACGCUGGAGUUGAGAUCACCGCAGAAGGACUAUCUGCCAUUCUUUCCGCUGCCAACGUUCAAGUUGACUCAAUCUGGUGCACUCUUUUUGCAAAGACACUUGCCGGAAAAAACGUGAAUGACCUUCUCUUUUCAUUCUCUGCUGCCCCUGCUGCCAGCGCUCAAAGUGCUGCCCCAGCUGCUGCUGCCGCUUCUGGAGCUUCUGGAAGCUCGAAGAGCGCCCCAGCCAAGAAAGAACCCGAGCCAGAGCCAUCAGAUGAGGAGAUGGGAUUUGUGCUGCUGACCUUGUUUAGUACUCGCGUAUCUAGCGUGGUGUGGCAUGAGAUGGCGGUAACAUUUAGGGUUGCAACGAAAUUUCGAGCUUUUGGGAAUUUAAAUCUUUCAGGAAUACAACAUAUGACCAAGCCGAUUAUUCAAACCCAGGUCCUACCGGGAUCGCUGGCAUCUGCUUCAUACUCGACAGGAGCUAUUGAUGACCCCUGCACCAUCUCCGUAUACUGCUCAAUAAAUGGACCUCUUCCUGUUAAGCCCAGAUUAGAGCUUGAAGAUAGGGCUGCAAUCAAGUGCAUAUGGAGAUCCUCUCUUUCCUCGUCGACUCUCGCUUGGGUCGACAAUUUUACAAAGAAUCCACCGAUGGAAAUAGAUGGCAAUGAUUAUAGCGAUACCAACGAUACUGAAGAUACAAGUGGAAAGGAGGCCGGGAAAGAUCUUGAUUUAAGCAAGGGCUUUUCGUCUAGGUCGCCAAGGGAAAUCGAACAUAUUUUACACGGAAUUCUGUCGGAGACACUUCUCACACUACUAUUUCCUCGAUCGGGCUUUUUAUUCAGCUUCUUUUUAUCAAAAUCUGGAAAUAACUCUUCGUUCCAUGAAAUUUUAUCAUGUGCCAUAAAUUGCCUCUCCGUUGCCUUGAUAGAUUCUGGUUCGUCCAUUUGA